AUGGGGGCACCAGUACUUCAAGCGCCGGGAUAUCUCUCCACAAUCAUCGCGUGUCCCUUAAAAUUGGCAUUUAAGACGUUUGUCAGGAACAUAUACUACUGGCCGGACAGCCCUUCAAUACGGACGACCAGUCCUGGCAUUCCUGGCCUUUACUGUUCGCACCCGAAGCCGGCGUUCAAAAUGAAAACCAAAACUCGAAGCGACACGUGCGGCGGCGAGUUUGUGUGCGAUUGGAACGGUUGCGCCAAACGGUUCCGACUGCAGCGGACACUCGCACAGCACCGGCAGUUCCACUCGACUCAACCCACGCGCCAGUGUCUCAUCGACGGCUGUCUCGAGACGUUUUUCACAGCUAAACAACUGCGACGCCAUAUAUCCAAGAAACACAUACAAAACUACCGGUGCGAUCGGUGCGCGUACGUGGGUGCCACUAAACGGGAGGUCAGCAAACAUCAGGUGUGUCACGCCGAACGGCUGUUCGCGUGCGGUCUCAGCGGUUGCGAACAGCAGUUCAAGACGGAUGAGCGCAUGCGUCAGCAUCAGUUCCGGCAACACCCGGACGAGUUCCCGGAGCUGCCGUGGCUGGAGUGCCCGCACGAGGGCUGUCCCUUCGAGACCAAGAGCGCCAAGAAUAUGACGCACCACUCGUACAGCCAUCAGAUGAAGUACGGGUGCGACGAUUGUGGCAAACGGUUCGCCCACCAGUCGGCGCUUACGACCCACCGGCGCUCGCACGACGACUCUCUGAAGAUCCCGUGCGAAUGGCACGCAUGCGAGCGCCUGUUCACCACCGAUAUCGAGAUGCGGCGCCAUAUGAACACACACUCGGCUGAGAUCACUUACCGGUGCCAUUUUGUCGACUGCGGCAAAACGUAUCACAACUACAGCUCGUUUCUGUGGCAUAAGCGCCGGCAUCAGCUCAUGGAGAAGUAUAGGUGCCAUUGGCCCGCCUGCGACUACCAGACCACCAAUCAGGUGAUGUUCGACAACCACGUGACCAAACACGACAGUACCGGCGCUGACUACGAGUGCGACUACGAGGGCUGCGGUAAGCGGUACUCACGUAAAGACCAUUUGGAUGAACACAAAGAGAAACACAUGGGUCUGACGUACCGGUGCGACGUGGAGGGCUGCGUCGCUGUAUUCCCGAGUCGUUCGUACUUUUUGAAACACAAGACCCGAACCCACGGCACGAAAUACCGGUGCGAACGGGACGGGUGUGAGUACGCCACCGGAGAUAAGAAUACACUGAACCUACACCUCAAGACACACAAUGAGUUGCAGUACAAGUGUCCGCUCGACUGCGGCAAAGAGUUUAAGACCAGUAAACAGUUGAGUGAUCAUCAGCUGAGACUACAUCCCGAGGCGUUCCCCGACAGACCAUGGCUUGAGUGCGCGCGACCUGACUGUGGAUAUAAGACUAAAAUGGAGGGCGACUUUAGCCGCCAUGUCGUCAAACACACGGAUAAGUACGCGUGCAGUGAGUGCGACAAGAGGUACGGCCGCGAGUCGGAGCUCCAACACCACAUGCGCUCGCACGACGACACACUGAAGUACCGGUGCCAGUGGCCCGGCUGUGAUCGGCUGUUCACGUCGCAGACUAAUUAUAAGUACCAUAUGAACGGUCAUACGGGAGAGACGGUGUACGCGUGCGAGUGGGAGGGCUGUGGAAAGACAUCACUCAGUCUGAAGGCUAUUAAGAAUCAUAUGUCCAAAGAGCAUAAGGGUUAG